AUACACUCACACCUUCUACGGUCAUACUACUGUCGUGUACUCCUUCCCAUCCUCUACGAGUCGUAUGAUAAACUCAACCCCUUCUCACCAAGUAGAUCAACGAAUUUAGUGAUCAAUCGCGUAAAAGGAACACUAAAUCCAAGUCAGGAGCCGAUGACACUUUGAACAACAGUGGUUAGAUAUUGCAAACACCAAAAAUACACAGUAGAGAGCUACCAUAGAUUGGCAAUGGGGGAGGGAAGCACACUUGCCCGAUAUACAAAUGUAAAGAUAGAUAUACUGAGAGAGAUCAGAAGAAUUCGGAAGGUUUAGAAGAUUCAAGAUCUAGGCUUAGUUGAAAUAUCUAGUUCAAACCUAUCUUGGUAUUUCUCAGUCAAUCUUCUGGUAUGUCCAUGGAGGAGGAUAUUUUGGGCUGAGCGUGAUAAAGUGUGUAGCUUUUCUCAUCACAGAUUGGAAAAGGGCUGAAUCUCUAUUUUUGGCAUAACUACAGUAUAGCUUGGAGCGGAUCAAAUCAAAGUUUUCUUUGUUCUUAUGUAUUCAUUACAUUCUUUUAUUCAAACUGAGUGUUUUUGUUUGGCAUUUGAAAGUUCACCCUUUGUGCAUAUAAAAAUAUAGUAUUGGGGAGUUGGGGUUUGAGGAGGUGAUGAAAUGGAGGAAAAGGAAGCAGCUUUGCACACUGCUUUAAAUGCAGUGCAGGCAUUGGGGAGGGGUUUUGAUGUGAACUAUGAUACAAGAUUGCUCUACUGUAAGGGAGCGGCUGGCUCAAGGGUUGUUGAGAUUGAUGAAGAACGCACUAGGGAUGUUUGCUUGUAUGGAAAUAUAUUUGUUCCUAAUGUUUCAAGGGAUAUAAUGAAUACCCAGGAGACCGGUGGGCGUGAUGGCUCUGGCAUUUGCACCUAUCCUGAGAUGGUGGAGUUCUUCAACAGAAAGGCCAACCUGUCAGGCCAUGCCCCUCUUGGUAGUUUCAAUGCUGCAUUCAGUUUCACCGGUUCAAAGGAAAUAGAUGCUGCCACCACAAAGACCCUUUGUAUUGAUGGGUUUUUCAUGCCACUUGCUAGAGUUCAACUGAUGAAAAUGCCUCUGGUGUUGCAAGAAAAUGUUAGAAGAGCAGUUCCAACGUCAUGGGACCCACCCGCAUUGGCAAGUUUCAUUGAAAAUUUUGGGACACAUAUUAUUACAUCCAUCACUAUUGGUGGUAAAGAUGUAAUUUAUGUUAAGCAGCAUCUACCGUCUCCUCUAUCUAUGGUAGAGAUAAAGAGUUAUGUUCAAGAUAUUGGAAAUCAAAGGUUUUCAAGCAUUGAGAGCCACCUUACAAACUCUGGGUUAUUGAUGUAUAGGGAUAAGGGCAGUGACCCAUCUUUGUUCAACGGCCAUGGGUUAUACCCCCAGCCUAUUAGUGCUCCAUCUCUUGCUGGCAAUGGUAAAGAGGAUGUUACAGUCAUUUUCAGAAGAAGGGGAGGAGAUGAUCUGGAGCAAAGCCACAUUAAUUGGGUAAAAACAGUCAAAUCUUCACCUGAUGUCAUUGAGAUGUCAUUUUUUCCAAUCGCAAUGCUCCUCGAAGGAAUCAAGGGAAAAGAGCAUUUGACACGUGCCAUAAAUCUAUACGUAGAAUACAAGCCUCAAAUUGAAGAACUGAGAUAUUUCCUAGAGUUUCAGAUCCCUCGAAUAUGGGCACCUCUUCAGGACAGGCAUCCUGGUCUACAAAGAAAGGAACCUGUUUGCCCUUCACUGCAGUUUAGCAUGAUGGGUCAAAAGCUUUAUGUCAGCCAAGAGCAGAUUUCAGUUGGGCGAAAGCCGGUGACUGGGAUGCGAUUAAACCUGGAAGGGGUAAAGAAGAACCGACUGAGCAUCCAUCUUCAACAUCUGUCAUCUCUCCCUAAGCUCAUUCAACCAUAUUGGGACUCCCACAUUGCUAUUGGCGCACCCAUGUGGCAAGGACCCGAGGAACAAGAUAGCCGAUGGUUCGAGCCCGUGAAAUGGAAAAACUUCUCGCAUGUAAGCACCGCUCCAAUUGACUGCCCCGAAACUUUCAUAGGUGACCUUUCCGGUGUGUACAUAGUGACGGGGGCACAGCUUGGAGUGUGGGAUUUCGGGUCAAGAAACGUUUUGUAUAUGAAGCUCUUAUAUUCGAGGGUGCCAGGGUGCACGGUUAGAAGAUCAUUGUGGGACCACACCGUAGACGAUAAGUCAAAAAAACGAACUGCUAGUGGUGAUUCGAGCGUAGUAGUUUCUGGGGUGAACAUGGCUGACAAUAAGUUGGCAAAAUUGGUUGACAUGACUGAGAGGUGCAAAGGCCCACAAGAUCUUCCUGGUCAUUGGUUGGUAACGGGUGGAAAACUGAGCAUGGAGAAGGGAAAAAUUGUUUUGAGACUAAAACAUUCUUUGCUGAAUUAUUAGCAAAAAACAGAGGCUUCUCAUAUGCAAAGGUGUUUCCCUCCAUGUGUAAGGUGUAGUAGUUGGGCAGUGAUUUUGGUGUAUAUUUGGCCCUCCUGUUUCCCUUCAUGAAUGGUAAUGGUAUGUGUUUCUGAUGAAAGGUAUAUCACCCUGGUAGGAGUGGUAGCUGGUUUUGGAUCAAUGAAUGUGUAAAUGUAAUUCUAGCUUGUUGGAAAACAGUGUUGCCACAAUCUUAUCCAAACGCUUAUAGGUUGUGUCUGCAGUGUAUAUGAUUUUGCAGCCAAACUAGAAGUCUGGAUAUGUCAAGAAAUAUUGUCAUACAUACAAAGGUUCUAAGAGCAUUCGUGAUAAUCUUGUCAAUUUAUUUAUUUAUUCAUAGUCUACAUUGCCGCUUCAUCAACGAAUGAAUUUAUAAAUUAUUCUUGUAAAAAGUUGACAUGUCCAUGUUCAUAAAUUUGCUGUCAUGUUCACAAAA